UUCUGCUUCACCACCUGGCCAACAGUCAUCCCGAAUCAAGGCCUAAAUCAUCGCAUACAUGAUGAUCCGGCCUAUCACUCUUAGGCUUGGAUCUCGAGGAGCAAUCGGAACCACUCCUUGGCGGCAAAGCCCACGAAUCUCUUUACCGUCUUCUAGUCUCAGGGGCGUUCUGUCAUCUUCGAACCACGAUUAUUCAUAUCUUCCAUCAGCUUUGGGACCGAGGGCUUUUGACUUCAGGCCGGCAUCUUCAAAAUCAUCUUCAAGGUCUUCUCCCUCACAUUCGUCUGAUGAGAAGCCAAAUAUCAAGUCCGUUAGCAUUAACAACAAUGUGAAGAUCGACCGAUCGAUUGCUCACUCAGGCCAGACGGCAGACGGCAGUGAACGACCUGGACCUUCAAUGUCAAAAUCGAAUCACCUUUCAACAUCUCCCGAUAUUCUUUCCAAGGUCCCAACAGAAACUUCUUCAUCCUCCUUUGCUUCACAGAUGCUUGAUUUGGCAUCAGAUCAGCCACCCCCACCCCCACCCGACCAAAAGACUGGGGCAAGGUCCAAAUUGACAGGAAAGCGCCCCUUAUCAUCAAUCGAGAAACGUCGGCAGGUUAUUGGUCGGGUGUGUGGCUCUCUUGUUUUCAUUGCCGUAGGUCUAUGGGGAUGGAGUCUUGGACGCGAUUGGGAUAACGAGGAUGAAAAAAGGAUGUUGGGGGGUGGGGAGGAUGGCGAUAGGAUAUCUAGAACGCGGGCUCGGCUUUUUGAUCUAUUCGACUAUUUUAAUAAGCCGGCGUGGAACCCCAUUUUACCGCCUCCUCUUCCCGAACCUCAUGGCAGGCCUUAUACCUUACUUGUAGAUCUUGAUGAUAUGCUAGUACACUCUGGUUGGUCCAGAGAACAUGGGUGGAGGACCGCAAAAAGACCUGGAGUGGACUACUUCUUGAGCUACCUUUCUCAGUUUUAUGAGAUCAUCAUCUUCACCACGCAACCAGCAUAUACCGCAGCCCCAAUUAUUGAGAAACUAGACCCGUAUGGGUACUAUUCCCCUUACAAAAUUUUCAAAGAAGCCUGUCGGUCUAAAGGCAUUGUGAACCCACAGCUUAUCAAAGAUCUCGAUUAUCUAGGCCGUGAUCUACGCAAGGUUGUCUAUCUUGAAACAAAGCCCAGCUUAGUCCAAUUACAUCCUCAUAACGGUUUCAUAAUCCCCCCCUGGGAUGGAAAUUCGGCCGAUAGUGGCUUAGUAGACUUGAUUCCUCUGCUUGAAGCAAUCGUCUUCAAUGGGGUUCAGGAUGUAAGAGACGUUGUACGAGCGUACGAGGGGCGGGAUCCGGUGAAGGCAUACGCGGAAUCAGAGGCCAGACAGAAGAAAGUCUUGCUUGAUAAAUGGGAAGAGCAGCGGGAGCGGAGGAAAUCAGGCUGGUAUAUCGAUUUUGGCGCCUUAUUUGGCUUGAGCAACUCAAAUCCUGAUGAACCACCCAAACUCGUGGUGGAAAAGGACCGGGCAAGAGCUCAGCAGGCAUACCUAGAAGAGCAAAAGUAUUGGAAAGACAAUGAAGCAUCAUUCAAGAAACUCAUGGAAGAGGAUCGAGAAAGGCAGCUUGCAGAAAUGAAAGGAAGUCUUUUAGGAUUCAUUACCGGUCAAAAUUCUGGUCCACCUUCACAGACUCCACCCUCUGAGUCAUCUUCAACGCCGUCAUCACCAUCUGUACCUGCAAAGUAAAAUUCUAGCUGUUGAUACCUAUUUCAUACAUCUUCACAACCUGUCUCCACACAAUCAGUUUGAUGUAACAUCCCUUGAUUUCAAAAUGACGAAUUAUGUCAAAUACCUUGGUGAACUGAACUAUGAGAUCGAGUACUUUGUUUAAGUAUUUCAAAUUGAAACCCGCAUUAAACAAGUUAAAGAUUAGAUGGUCAAAUAUUUGUUUGUGAUGGAGUUGGACUCAACAAUUCUUGUGUCUCUCUUGAAUGCGGCUGGUUCUCAAUUCAUGAACUUGACUCU